AUGCCAUCUCUUCUCACUCCAAUGUCCGCCGCUGCAAUCACUGUGAAUCAGCAGCAUCAGUCCUCAAGUAACAUGCUGCCUCAAUGGCGCAACCACUUCGAGGGAUCCACCACUCCUCCAACUCAACAAUCAGGAGCUACGACCGCGUCUUUGGGUAAAUUGGAGACCUCGUCCCUCUCCUCAUCAACCCACAGCAGUGGUACCGUUUCCCCACAUAUUCACGCUGCCAACGGUCAGUCACAUCCUGUGGUCCCAAACAUGGACGCUCUGGGCAUUUUUCGAGGUCUUCAAGACAGAGCUAUUGUUGUUGAUCAGAUGCAUUAUGCAACGGCACUAGCCGCCACACUGGCGGCUGUGGCAUCCAACGGGCUGCCGAAAUCUAUUCCACCAUCCGCUCUCCCAAAUGGCAUGCACCUCUCAGGCGAUUAUACUACCAGAUCCUCUCGCGACCUACAGACCCGAGGAACUCUAGGAGCUCUCCCUUCCGCUUCCGGUCUCCACCAACAGCCACCACCUCAACCCCCACCGCCAACAUAUUUUAGGAUGAACACAGAGUUAAACGCUUUUAUGAAAAGGGUCCAGGAGGAAGAAGCAGAGAUUAAGAAGCAUGACUGUCCCAAGGCAGAGCUCGCAGAGCCGGAACUGUGGAGAGCUUUCCAUAAAAUGACUACGGAAAUGGUGAUAACAAAGUCAGGCAGGUGA